AUGGACCCCACCAUCGUCCGUAUCGUCGUCCUUUCUGGCCUCUGGCUUGUUUGGACUUUUGUCCUCAUCGCCAUUCUGCUGUCUUUCGUGUUUUGCGCGCAAACAGUCCGUCGCAGAUUCAAUACCACACAACUUCUGGGACCUGCGCGUAACAACGAUGAUUUGGACCCUAUCGGUUGUAAAGCAAAAUAUGGGCCUGUUUACUCCGUUCCGAGGACGUUAUUCGAGCGUACGAUUGUGUUGAAUGAUGCUUCUGGCAUAGAACAUUUUUACGCUCAGACACCCACUGUUUAUCGGUUGACAACUGCGACAAGACGCUGGACGGGGAACAUAGUGGGCGAAGGACUGACCUGGGUUGACGGGGCACAACAUGAAGCCUACCGCAAAGUACUGACUCCACUUUUUGGCGCUAAUGCUAUCGAGAGUCAUGCUCCUACCUUCUCCGCAAUGGCCAAGAAGGUCCAUCUUGUGUGGGAACAAGCUCUAGUAUCUAGACCACGCGGAAUGGUCGUUGAAAUAUCUCAUUGGAUGAACAGCGUUGUUCUCGACUCUCUCGGCCUAGCCGGCUUUGGUUACGACUUCAACUCGCUCGCUGGAGAGUAUUGCCCAACGACUGCAGCAUUCUACGUGCUGAGGGCUCCAGUUACAACACUCUCAGACAAGAUAUUCCGAUUUGGACCCCGAACAUGGUUUUGGCCGCUGCUUAGACAUUGGCCUGGCCAUCGCAAUCGAAUUCUGCGAGAAUUCCAGGCGGUGGUGAAGGCCAUGGUGGAUGUCGUGUUCCUGAAGCAGGUACCAAUGACGGAUUUGCCAAAACAGUCGUUCAUCGAUUCUCUGAUGAAAACGCUGGCGGAGGACCAGUUGAGACUGUCGCCUUCUGAAGUAGCCACCCAAGUGAAUACGUGGCUUUUUUCUGGCUUCGAGACAACUGCCGCCAGCUUAACGUGGGUUUUAAUCGAGCUGGCAAAACAUCCCCGCAUACAAGAGCGCCUUAAAAAAGAGCUGCGGCAACUAGACGAGGCUGAGGUGGCUCGUCAGCCAUAUCUUCAUGCGGUCGUUUAUGAAAGCUUACGGCUACAUCCUCCCAUUGGAAUGACGACGCGUGUGGCCAUUCGAGACGACGUUAUACCUCUCAGUGGUAUAGUAAUGACAAAAGCGGGAGACUCAGUUAACAGCAUCAAAAUUGCGAAAGGAACACAUGUGAGGGUGCCUAUCCGGCCUGUCAAUACUAGUAAAGAGCUUUGGGGCCCCGGCGCGGGUGCUUUCGACCCUGAAAGGUGGUGGAAUCUCUCGACUCAAGAUGAACCAGCCCCUAGUGGGCAGAAGAUCAAGCAUCUUGCAUUUGGAGACGGAAGUAGGGCGUGCAUUGGCUCUGGCCUUGCCCUAGCGAUGAUAAAGGUCGUUGUCUUCACUCUCGUUCGGCGGUACACGUUUGCGUUGCCACGCGGUCCACAAACCCCAGUUGAGGCGGUUGGAGAGCCAGUUGCGCGGCCGCAAGUGAAAGUGAGAGGAGGCUCUGGGGGAACAGCAGUCAUGAUGGUCGUUCGAAAGUGUGAAUUCGUAGAUGAGCCUGCAACCAGCGUACUCUAA